AUGCCAUUUGUAACACCCCUCAAAGAAGCAUUUGCAAUUGCUCCUAUCUCUGAUAGAGAAGAUGUCUUGAAAAGGUACUCGGGCAGUGUCCAUCCUGACGAAGUACACUACUUCCAGGGACUGGUUAUACUUCAAAAAAUUCAUGAUGAAGCUAUGAAGCAAAAGGACCCUUUGGCCAUAAGAAGUCCAACAGAUGUCGAAAAAACCUUGAUGGACCAAAUGACUGAAAAAUUGAAAAAAUUUCCCUUCAACAGUACACGUUAUAAUGAGCUCAAUACGCGCUUUCGCUUGUUAACCUAUCCUAUCAAUGUACUUGAAUCAACCGAGUUCAUCAAAAUGGAACUUGGCCUCGAGUUGGACCUGACAACAAAGCAACCUGAGCAAUCUCAACAGCAAGGUCAUCAGACGGAAGAACCUGUCACUCGCAAGCUACCCUCCAAAUUGGAUCCUAGCUUGAUCAAUACUGAAAAUCUAUUAAAGGCUGAAUUAUCAAAGCAUGAAAACAUGCAGAUCAAGUCACAGGCCAUUCCAGUUGUUGUAUCAUUGAUGGAGAAGGAAAAUAAUUUGACAAAGGAACAAAAGGCGCGUCUGUUUGAUAUGAUCCUGAGAUACCCUACGGAGGAUUAUCCUUCUUUUAUGAACGUACUUAUCGAUUUUUGGAGUGACAAGCAAUCUGAGUGGCAACCAAUCGCAAUGCGGUAUGACAAUUUUACCCUGAAACAACUGAACGAAAUAGCUGAAAGAAUGCCUGACAUUCUUUGGGAAAAAAAAUAUGUUCAAGCGUACCUUAAAAGACUAGCACCAUAUGCUUACUAUCACCGUUCUGCCUCUGAUUGGGACGAUGAUGAGGAUAUUUUACGAAACUACCUUGAUCAAGCAGCAGAAUUUGUCAACAAAUUACCAAACUUAUUCUUCAAAUUAAAAAGCGCAGUAUUGUUCCACAGACUCCGAAUUGAUGUUGUGAGACAGACAUGCGAUCAAGAUAAACUAGUAGAGUAUCUAGAUGUUCGCAACAUGAAGCUUGAGGAAACAAGAUCCCCUAUUCCUUCUCGUUUCCAAAAAAGCUCACCACAACAAACAAGCUUUGAUGUGGCAUUACCCCUCUUUGAGUAUGUUGAAAUCUCUACGGAAGACCAUUACAACCUUUUGGAGGCAUACUUUACCGUGCUUGUAGCUCAAAACAAGCUUACCUAUGCGACUGAGCUCUACGCUUCUCAUGAUGACUAUGAUCGCAUUUCUAAAAUGCUUGCAAAAAUUAAGCUGACGGUAAUACCAGACAGCCAUGACUAUACCGAAGAAUGUAUCAAAAUCCUUGGUGCAUAUGAAUACGACGCCCUUACACAAAAGACUCUCUUGAGUUUCAGCCCUUCCACUUGUUUCCGUUCUGUCAAGAGACGGCCACAAGAUUCAAUUGUCAUGCAUGUCAAUGCGAAGAACAUUCCCCGUUUAUCCAUUCGUGUAUUCCAGAUUGACACGGAGAACUAUUGGAGGUCGCACGUGAAGACUGACAAUGAAGCCUUUUUAUUUGACAAGAUUAAUCUUGACGGUCUGUGUCCUAAUUGGGAAAAAGACAUUGAUAUUGAUCAAAAGUCCUCUCUCUUGAUAACACAGCAUGAAGUUAUUUUUGGUAACGAUGGCCUUGCUCCUGAAAUAUUCAAUGGAAGAGGACUUUGGGUUAUUGAAUUUGUAGGCGGAGAUUGUCAGUGCCGCGCUAUUGUACAAAAGGGAUAUCUGAAGCAUAUAAGUCAAGAUAUUGUAGGAGGUCAUCUCAUCAAGGUUAUGGAUGAAGAUGGAAACUUUAUCAACAAAGCAAAAAUUUGGUUCAACAAUCAAUUUUAUGAGGCUGAUGAAUCGGACAACAUUUUGAUCCCUUAUUUGACCAUGAAUAAAUCUCCAAUAGUUGGUCAAAUGACACUUAUAUCUACGGAAGAUGGCUUUUCCGAACCUGCAGAGUUUUCUCAGGCUGUCGAGACGUACAACCUCAAAGCUACAUUCUAUAUCAAUCGUGAAAUGGUCAGCUUUAACAAAAAAGCAACGAUUGCUGUGAUUCCAAAACUUACAAUGAAUGACCAGCCUUAUUCAGCUUUUGAAAGCGCGUCGUUAAAUAUAGAAUGCUGGAAUGCAAAUGAUAUCAAGACAACAACGUCCAAAGUGGUCACAUCUCUUGAUAAGCCCAGCUUAUUUGAUUUUACCGUGCCUGAGCAAUUCCAAAGAAUACAAGCAACUUUGGAAGUCAAAGUAAAAGCUUUGGAUGACACAGUUACAACGGUCUCGGAGACUUAUGAGCAAUACUUUAGCUACAAUGAAGCUUUACCCAUCAACAUUCUUCUCAGAAAAACCGUUGAUGAUCAAUACUGCAUUUAUGUUCUUGGAGCAAAUGGCGAGCCAAAGCACGGAAAAGAAAUCUAUCUGGAGUUUAAGCACAAGUUUGUAGCCAUGACAGUCUCCGUUUCUCUUCAAGCUGAUGAAGAAGGAAAGAUCUUACUUGGUGAUCUCUCUGAUAUUGAAUCCGUGAAAUGUGGAGAGUCCAUAUGGCAUGUGUUAUCGAAGGACUUUAUAUACGCUCUUCCUGAAUCCAUCUGCGUUGAAGCAAAUAAGCCUUUUAAAAUAGUCGGUGAGGAUGUGUCCAUCUACAGAGUUGGCUACCACAACUGCUUAUUGGAAAGCUAUGACAAGUUAAAGAAAGAAAAUGGCUAUGUCACCAUCUCAGGACUUGCCGAAGGCGAAUACAAGAUCUAUACUGACUGCUCCAAGGAAAGAAGCAUCAGCUGUUCUGUGGCUCAAAGCGUAAGCAAACCAAAUGACAGGCUUUGGUCAAAUUGGGUUGUAGGAAAAAGAUCAAGCAUACGUGAGAACGGCAUUGCCUUGCAACGUCCACUUUUGGUAUCUUCAGUUACUCAUGAUACUGAUAAUAUAUCCCUUCAGCUUGAAAACUGGAGCUCAAAUACCUUUGCUAUCGUUACUACAAACGCAUUUGUACCUCAACUUAGUUAUGGUUUACAGGACGCAGAUUUGGACAUUAAAAAUUCAAAACCUUUGAUUCAGCACGACAGGUCUUUGAAAACAAGGUCAAUAUUCUUGCAAGGUAUGCAAAUUGGAGAAGAGUAUCAGUAUAUCUUGAACAGAAAGAAGCUUAAGAAAUGGGUUGGCAGCAACUUGACUCAUCCUUCAUUACUGAUCAAUCCCAAGGAACACUCCUCGACUACAUCUUCUUCCCGAGAGUUACAACAGGCAAGAAAACAGUUUACGGAAUGCCAGUUUCAAAUGGCUUCAGAAAAUAUUGCGGAAAGAGAUUGUGUCAGAGCUAUGUACAGAGGUUGCUCUGAUAGCUUUACCCCAGAAAAUAAGAAUCCAUUGGCAUUUUUGGAUAAUGUAUCACCCUUGCUCUUUGUACCUGUAGACCCUAGUUCUGGCACCAUUCGUAUAAAGCGUGACCUAGUUAGUUGCGGGGGCGCUACCAUUGAAUAUGCUAUCAUCUCUGGUGAUCAAGCUGUUUAUAAGCAAGUCAAGUUACCUCAAGAUGUCGAUCUCAAGUUCAGGGACAUUCGUCAAAAUGACAGUCUUUGCCUUGUACAAUCCAAAACCUUUUCUACGCUUGCACCUGCAGAAUCUAUUACUUUGGACACGCGAGACUAUGUGACCGUGGCCUCAGUAGAUGAUAUAUUUACUAUCAUCAAAUCCAUUUCAUCCGAAGGCGAUUUAUUUUGUCAAACGUUUGGGUUCUUAAACAAGUGGCCAACGUAUAGCUUUAAAGAAAAGUCAAAGUUUUAUUCAGACCAUGUUUGUCAUGAACUCAACGUUUGGUUGAAACGAAAAGACAUAGGUUUCUUUAACAAGGUCGUGAGGCCCUCUAUCAAGAGCAAAGUUGAGAAAUCAUUCAUUGACUUGUAUCUACUUGAACAUGACCUCUCAAUGUAUAGUCAAAACAUGUAUCUGUUUUCCAAGUUGAAUACAGCCGAAAAAGCGCUGCUUGCUACCACACAAUCCCAAGAAUUUUUGCAAUCUGUUAUCAAGAUAUUUAAAGACAGCAUAGAUGAACGUCAACAAGUCGAUAGGGCAGACAAGAUUUACGAGAAAAUUCUUGCGGCUGCCCAGACCGACGAAAACUUUGAUCCAAUGGAUGAAGAUGAUGAAGACGAUGAUAUAGGCUAUGCUGAUAUGUCUUAUGCAGCUGACCCUUACGUAAACGCUAUCGUCUCCCCUUGUUACUCUGCUUCUGCUCCAGUAGCCUUUGGAAGCGCUGCAUCGUCUUCUGCUAGAAGUGCUAUGAGACAAGCAUUAUCGAUAAAGCAACAUAGGGAGGAAGUAAUUGCAGAACAGACCUCAAGUAACGGUCCUGUUGACGAAGGCCUUGAUCCAGAGCUAGCAAAGAUGAGAGAGGAAUUACGUAUGAAAUCCAAAGAGUUACAAGCACAAAAGAAAGUGAAGUAUGAGUUUGUGAAGCCGACUACGGAAUGGAUAGAAGCUGGAUAUUAUGAAGCUAAUGCUCCGCUCAAUGUGAAGCAAUUCUGGAUCGAUUAUCUUGAAAGUAAAGGCUCCUUUUUAUCCACCAACUUUGUAUACUGUCUUGAUCAUACAACAGAGAUGCUUUGGGUACUGGCUCUGAUGGACUUGCCUUUUAACAGCCAACGUGCAGAAUUGUUAAGCCAAACUGGAAAAGAAGUUACGAUACAAGCAGAGAACACGUUCGGUCUGAUGGUUCUUUAUCGACAAUUAAAAGAAGUAGCUGAUGAAACGCAGCUAGACUCGCUCGUGAUUCAUCAAGAAUUCUUUGUAUACGAGCACUCUGUAAGUCCUGACUCAGAUGAAUGCAUCAAGGUUGAUCCCCAUAAGAUGUCGCUAGAACCGCAAACAGAAUACGGGUGUCACUUGAUAAUAAGCAACAUUUCAUCUGCUCCUGUACAAUGUGAAGUUAGUUAUCAAGCUCCUACUGGUUCUGUCCCUGUCCAGUUUAUGGGAUACCGCUGUUCCAAGUCUGUCUACAUCAUGCCUUAUAGUACCUGGCGUGCAGUGGUCGGAACCUUUUACUUCCCUGCUGCAGGAAAGUUUGCGACGGCACCAAUAACAGCUUUAGUAAAAAGACAAGCACAGUCUUUUGUGACAAAGACAACGACUGCUGAAUUGAAUGUAAUUAACAGGAAUGUAAACUCUAACGAUAACACCUCUGCUGCAAAUACAUUGUUUUGGCCAACUACUGCCUUCCAUGGCACCAAUGCCGAGGUUCUCUCUUUCCUAUCAAGCCAUAAGCGAUUGGAAAAGCUUGAUCUCAGUUUGAUCAACUGGAGAAUGACGGAUGCAAACUUUGCAAGACAGGUAUUUGAUAUUCUAUCUCGUACCCGUUAUUUUUACUCUAGGGAUCUUUGGAAGUACGCUCUCUAUCAUCGCUUUACGGAUGCUAUCAAGGAUUUGUUGCUAUUCCAGUAUGAUGAGCUGCUACGCAAGUCUGGUCAAAUAUUUGAAUGUCCUCUGGUAUCAGUUAACGAUCCGUAUGCUACCAUAUAUGAUUACUUCCCCCUCGUCAAUGCGCGUGCACAUCCUCUUCAGCCAUCAAAGCAUGAAGUCUUGAACCAAGAAUUUUACCAAAAGUACAACAAGUUCUUAGAUUACUUGUGUGAACGAAGCUCAUCACCUUCAACGACCGACUUAAUUAUUUUAACCCACUACCUGAUCCUUCAGAAUCGCAUAGGCGAUGCUCAUACAGUCUUUUCACGAAUUGAUCUUGAACAAGCAGAAAAGCAUCACGCGAUACAGGUGGAUUAUUUGAACGCUUAUUUGAAAACUCGUAUUCCGAUCACAGACAACCAUUCCCUCAUCGAGCUGGAUCUUGCUUCUAUCAAAGAGAUACUCGAGAAAUACAGAGAUUUUGGCAUUGAAAGAUGGCGCAUUAUGUUUGAUGAAUUACGAGAAUUUGUUCGCGAAAUUGAACAGGGUACAUCCACCCAGAGCUCUUCCCUUACAGCCUCUGUCCAAUCCCAUCCUAUUCUUGAAUUUACCAUUGACUCAAGCAGUAAUGAACUUGUUAUUCAGCAUGCAAACAUUAAAUCGGCAAAUAUACGCUAUUAUGAAAUGAAUAUUGAAGUGAUGUUCUCUUCAAAUCCUUUUAUGAACGACGCGGUAGAGCAUGACAGCUUCAAGUGGGUCAAGCCUUUGCUUACGGAAACGAUUGAAUUGAAUGGCCAGUCGACAGAGUGUCAAGAAGGUAAUGAUGAUGAUGGAGACUUUGAUAUGAUCGGUGCCGGACAAAUCCAAGCAAUUCAGACUUCAAGAGUGUCUUUGAAGAGUGGGAGCAAGAAUGUGCUGAUUGAAGUGACAGCAGAUUCUUUCACAGACAAUGCAGUGACAACAACUAACCGUAUUCAAAGAUCCAGUGCUUACUAUGCAAAUAGCCUUAAUGUUCAUGUUGCAGAAUCGUUUGGUAUUGUCAGAGUGAUGUGCAAUAAGACAAAGCGACCUUUAGCUGGCGCUUAUGUAAAGGUGUAUGCUCGUUUGCGGGAAUUCAAGCAUGCAAAGUUCUGGAAGGAUGGUUAUACUGGCUUAAAUGGAGUCUUUGAUUAUAUCAGCGUAACAGAAGGCAACGCCCUGGUUGGUAAUUAUGAAAAGGAUCUAAAGGCACUAUUCGAGAACAAGAUUGACAAAUUAAGUAUCUUGAUCAUGUCUGAUGAAGGUGCUGUCGUCAAAGAGGUUUACCCUCCAUUAACAUAA